AUGUCUGCGAAAAUCUUCCUAACCGGCGUGACAGGUUUUGUGGGAGGAGAAGCUUUCUAUCAGCUUUAUUCCAAACACCCAGACUUUGAGUACACGCUUUUGCUGCGAAACGAGGAAAGAGGCAAAUUGUUUCUUGAAAAGUACCCGCCAAAGGACAAUGUCCAUUUGGUUUACGGUAGUCUGGACUCGAAGGAUAUCAUUGAGAAGGCAGCAGCAGACGCGGACGUCGUAGUCCAUACGGCAGACUCUGCAGAUGAUGAACCAUCUGCCCGAGCCAUCGCAAAAGGCCUGGCUAGUAGUCAUACGGCAGAAAAGCCCGGAUACUGGAUUCACGUGUCGGGCACGAUGCUCAUCGCCGGCCUAGACAAGUCUGAAGACGAGAAAUUCCGUAGGGACACUUUGCACGAUAUAGACGACGUCGUCCUCAUUACCGACGAGCUACCAGACAAGUGUCCUCACCGUCCAAUCGAUAAGCUGGUCCUCAAUACCAAUGGAACCUCUUCAGGAGCCAUCAAGACCCUCAUCAUCUGCCCGCCGACCAUAUACGGCCAAGGACGCGGACCCGUCAACCAGGGCAGUAUGCAGGUUCCAGGCAUGACGCGAUUCACGCUCACCCACGGCUACGCGCCCAUUCUGCCCCCAGGCACCGCCGAAUGGGACCACGUGCACGUCAGCGAUCUUGGAGCCGCCCUCACAUUGGCCGUCGAGGCAGCGACGGACUCAUCGAAACGCGACAACCCAGAGAUCUUUGGACCGCACGCGUAUUAUUUCCUCGAGAGCGGCGCACACGUCUGGUCCGACAUCGCCAAAUUCAUAGCAGCCGAGGCCGAGAAGAAGGGUCUCCUGACGGACGAGACCCGGCCGCACGUCCGCGAGGUGACGGAAAAGGAGGUCGGUCAUCCCAGCUGGGAGUUGCACUCGCACGGUAUCGCGGCGCGGGCGAGAAAAUAUCUUGGUUGGGAACCCCGGGGUAAGAGUCUACUGGAGACCAUCCCCGAGACUUUGGAUAUUGAGGCGGCCAAGUUGAAAAAUAACUGA